UUGUUCCAUAGGCGGUGCUGUUCCGGGACUGAGAGAGCCGUUUAGACUGGAGAAGGAGAGAUCUUGAUCUGUUCAAGAAGAUUUAAUUUUUACAUCCAUGUAUUAUUAGUGCUCCUUCACAAACCCUUUCCCUUCAACACGACGGUCCGAGGAUUGUAUUGUCGCGGAGGUGAAAUGAGGAAAACGACCUUGGGCGCUGUUUUAAGGUCAGUUAUGAUGCAGUGAGAGGUGCUGGUGUGUGGUUCCUGAUCCCGCUAUCCCAUGCCCACAGUGCCAGACUGAGGUGCUCUCUCAGGGGCCUCUCUCGCUCCCUCGGUGCCCGGAGCCAUGGAGCACACGCGGGAGAAGGAGAGCGAGCGGCCGGCGCGGAACACUAAGGCCGCCCAGAGCCGCGGCACACACUCUCGCCCAUCUGGCUCUGGAUCGUCCGGCGUGCUGAUGGUCGGCCCAAACUUCCGCGUGGGCAAGAAGAUCGGAUGUGGAAACUUUGGGGAGCUGAAGCUUGGUAAAAACCUUUACACCAAUGAGUAUGUUGCAAUAAAACUGGAACCUGUGAAGUCGAGGGCACCACAGCUGCAUCUGGAGUACCGGUUUUAUAAAACUCUGGGCAGCACAGUGGAAGGGUUGCCACAGGUAUAUUACUUUGGCCCCUGUGGAAAGUACAAUGCAAUGGUUCUGGAGCUGCUAGGUCCUAGCCUGGAGGACUUGUUUGAUCUGUGUGACCGAACGUUCUCCUUGAAGACUGUCCUCAUGAUUGCCAUUCAGCUGAUAACCCGGAUGGAAUAUGUCCACUCAAAGAACCUCAUCUACCGGGACGUCAAGCCAGAGAACUUCCUCAUUGGGCGUCAGGGCAGUAAAAAGGAGCACAUAAUCCACAUCAUCGAUUUUGGUCUGGCAAAAGAAUACAUCGACCCAGAGACCAAAAAACACAUACCUUACAGAGAACACAAGAGCCUGACGGGCACAGCACGUUACAUGUCUAUCAACACACAUUUGGGAAAAGAGCAAAGUCGGCGGGAUGACCUGGAAGCACUCGGCCACAUGUUUAUGUACUUCUUGCGGGGUAGUCUGCCAUGGCAGGGGCUGAAGGCAGACACACUGAAGGAACGUUAUCAGAAAAUUGGAGACACCAAACGAAACACUCCCAUUGAGGUUCUCUGUGAGAACUUUCCAGAGGAGAUGGCCACGUAUCUGCGCUACGUACGGCGGUUAGAUUUCUUCGAGAAGCCCGAUUAUGAGUAUCUACGGACUCUCUUCACUGAACUAUUUGAAAGGAAAGGAUAUACAUUCGACUACACAUACGACUGGGUCGGCAGACAGAUCCCAACACCAGUUGGGUCAGUUCAGGUGGAUUCAGGAGCUUCUGCUAUCACUAGAGAAUCCCACGCCAACCGAGAAAGACCUUCACAGCAUCAACCGCUGCGGAACCAGACGGUCAGCUCGGAGCACAGGGGAGCAUGGGACACGCAGCCUCAUCGGCACACCAACCUGUCUUACCUGAGCUCAUAUAUGGCUUCUGACCGGCAUGGGGGCUCUGCACAGGUGAUCAGCUCAACCAACGGGGAGCUGAAUGCAGAUGACCCUCUGGUAGCCCAUUCCAACGCACCGAUAACAACACAGGCAGAAGUGGACGUGGUGGAUGAGGCCAAGUGCUGCUGCUUCUUCAAGCGUAAAAGGAAGAAGAGUUCCCCGAGGCACAAAUGAGCCUCCUCUCCUUAUUUCCACUGCACUGCUGACGUGAGCCUCUCCGUGGAGACGCAUCUACAGCUGGACAUUUUCAAGGCCGAUUACAUUACAGUACAUCCGGUGGCCCUGCAAGAAUGUUAAGCUUCUUAAACAGUCCAGAGGCACCUGGACAGGACCUUCUCCCCUUUGCACUCUUUUAAUUUGCCUUUUCAUCCCGAUAUUCCUUUAUUUAUGUAUUUUAAUGUUUUUACGGAUGUCUGUCCCUAUGAGGAGCCGGUCAGUAGAGGACAGUUCAUGCUGCAUUUCUUCCUGAAGGGUUGUAAUUUUGCUAUGAACAUUUUAACUUUUCCCAAACGUUUGACCAUUUCAAGGACCUUUCUUGCUCUUGUGCUUGGCCUGUUUAUUGUUUGUUUCGUUUUGUUUUGUCUGUUUUUUUCCCUCCCAUGCUUUUGGACAGAGAGGAACUUCAUCGCCUGGUGGUACCUGGACUCAAUAGCACAGCCUACUUCCACUUUUGCUGCAGUUUUCUUCUACAAAUUCUGUGCAGUUUGAUUCGCAAUGUCCAUUUACUGUAUGCAUCCUGUCUUACUUACACCCAUAAACACAUACGCAUUGUGUCAUCACGAAAUAACUCAUUUUAAUGCAAAGUUCGAAGCUCCAUAAACACAAAAAAACAGGCACAUUGACAUGGAUGUGUUACACUGGAGACAAAUAUUAUUGCAUGGAAAAGUGCAAUGCAUACUGUAGGUCAGUAUGUAUACGCCUAUGAAUCUCUAAAAGGGGGUUUUUACAUAGAUGACUGGCUUGCGAAGGAUUUUGUCCCCUAAGACCAAAAUCUACGAGAGGAAAAAAACACAAAAAAAAACAAACUUUACUCAAUAUAUUGAAGUAUUUAUCCUGAAGGUAUUUGUGGCAUGUAAAAUGUUCGAUUAGGUAACCAAAAAAAAAAAAAAAAAAGCCAUAUUUCAUGGAACUGUGUAUUUAAUCGUAUUGUAGUUUGCAUGAUCAAAUCCAUGGCUUCUCUUAACACAUUUACAGCAGGGGUGAAAAAAGGAGAAAGCCCAAAUCAAGUACCACUCAUUUUUAAGCUUCAGCUCGCCGAGCACAUGCCGCUAUGUGCUGUUAUAUAGAAAUUUUCCAGCUUUGAAUGUGCAAUACCCAUUCCCAAAGUCUUAAAGGUUAGAAUCCUCUUUCUUUCUUUCUUUCUAUUUGUGUGUCACAUUAUGGAAGCUAUAGACGACCCAUUCCCCCACACAUGAGGCCAACAGAUUGAAUUUGCCGGGUGUAGAGAAAAGGUAUCACUCUUUCACUCGUGCACUCCUACUGAUGAUACCGUCUCAUGCCUUGAAUACAGAGCUGCAUUCACAUUCAUUACGAUUAUUAUACCUGGGUCAGAAUAUCAAACCCAAGAUCUUAUCCUUCCUGUGUGAACGCUGAGAUGGACUGCAAAGCCUGUCGUAACUGGACCGGUGAUUUUAUUUAUUUUUUAUUUUAUUUUAUUUUUUACCUGCAAUUCAUGAUACUGAACCUUUAUUAGAUGUACAGAGCGUUUGUCUUGAUGCGUGAGAUGCUGCAGAGAUGUCGGAUGGGUGUUAGGUAAACAGUGUUAAAGCACCUCGACCUACUCGAGCGUUGAAACGAAAGCUAUAAUGCAUCAUGUGCUGGACUAAUACGUCUGCUGUUGUUUUUUUGUUGUUUAAUUGCGUUUUUCACUAUUUCUGCUUUAGUCUUCAAGCUAGCUUUUGUUCGGGUGAACGUUUCUUUACGCGUAGCCGUAAUAAGCAGCUGACUGUUUAUAGCAUUAAUUCAAUUGCAGACCUUUUGUACUGUAACUGUUUUUUUGUUUUUUGGGGGUUUUUUUUUUUUAAAUGUUUAUUUGUUUGUUUGUUUUUUUCGUUUUUAAAUACGGAUGCGGCCUAACGACGGACUUUUCGGAUUUUUGCCUUUAAACAAAACGAAUUUAUUUUGUAUUUAAUGCCUCAAAAAAAGGAAGAUUUUAUGGUGUGUUUCCGUGCAUUAUACAGUUCAUAUGAGUGUAUGUGGUCACUUGAUUUGUAAUUUUAUUGAUUGUGAAUAUAUUUGUGAAUAUUUUUAUUUGCUUUUAUUUCGGAGAACACUAAGGUCUCCACAGCACCUCCUGGUGGGGUGAAUAACUGGAUCUUUGAAUGCUUUUCUCCCAAAUUAGCCAUACAAAUAUAUAUAUAUAUAUAUAUAUAAUGUGUGUGUAUAUAUAUAUAUGUAUAAUGAUUAUUUGUGUCGAAUCGUUUAAGUUAUGACUUCAGUUGGUUUGUUCGGACACUGAUUUGGAAGCGGUGUUGAAAUCAUAAUCGUAUUAGCUGGACGUCUUGGUAAAGGAUCUUAGACUAGGUGACUUAGGAGCAGAUUUCCAUCAUGUGCGUUUAUUUUGGUUCAUGAAUUUGGUCGAUACCGAAACUGAUCAUACAUGUUCAGAAUUUGUUUUCGCUAUUAUUAUUAUUAUUAUUAUUAUUAUUAUUAUUAUUAUUAUUAUUAGACGCUUUUUAUCUGUACUUGUGGAGCAAAUGGAUUCCAGUACUGAGACUUUGUCCCCAAAGUCACUAUCUUUGUCAUGUAAACACUGGUUCAAUGGGGCAUUUUGGGGGAAAACCUUGUAUUUCUUUUUCUUUCUGCGCCACUAGUUCCAGCUCCGUCCACAUCUGUCACGAUCCGUGUCUUGUCGGCGAUUUGACGCCCGAUUUAUUUUCCCUGUUUCGUUCCUGUGCGCAUCAGAGAUGCGAACAUGCCGUAUGAAACGAGGGCACGUUGAAGAGAGAUCGUUCCUUGUGAGAAAUUCCUAAUCUUUCCUCGACGCUACAGUCUUAAAACCAUAUGGUCUGGUUCACACAUUAUGCCUUAUUACACAGAAAACGAAAAGAAGCUCUUUGAUGAAACGAUCCGUUUAUUAUCCUUGUAUCAUAUUUUAUUUCUGAUUUAGCUCGAGAGAGACACAUUCCCUUGUUAAUCUCCCAACCACAGAUAUGAUGGAGCUGAAACCACUAAAUGAAAGUGUCUGUUGUAAAUGAUGUAAAAUAUUUCAUUGUUUUGAUGGUAUCAUGAUGAACGUCGUAGUUUCGGAGCCGGGUUGCGUUUUAUCUCUGCUUUGACCUGGAUAAAGCAAGCCUGCACAGAUAAAUGAAAGCAAAGUUACGGGAAAAAAAGUUCAUUCUCACAGACUUAAAUUUCUCCCCGUUUCGACUUGGACUACAUGCUGUUAAUGAGGAUUUCUAACGAGUUCAUGUACAGUGCUAUCAGGGCUUGGUGUGGGUGUGUGUGUGUGUAUGUCUGGAUAAAGCAAGCCCCCAACCCCCCCCACCCCCCGAAAAAUGUAUUCUUAAUAUUGUGUGUAAAAUGUUGAAUGUCAUUUUCAAAUUUUAUCCUUAUGCUUUAACUGUGCUAAAGGGCUCCAGUUGUGAAGAAUCCAUUCGUUUUUUGAAAUUUUGGGACGUUUCGUUUUCAGACAGACGAGCGGCCUCUCUGUGUAACGGCCAUUGUUCAGAGGCACCGACAAACACUUUUUAUUCCUUCAACCCUGAGGGGUAGCUCAAGUUUGGACCCUUUUUUAAUGUAAAAUAAAAAAAAAAACAAAAGAUCUCUCUCUCUUACCCUU